CUUUUAUUGUCGUCUCGUGUAGAUAUUUUUCCGUGAUCUUAAAUGCCUUCUCCGGAAAGAGGAUUUCAACUGAACUAAUAUAUUUCCUUCUCUGAAAACCCGUGAGCUUCAGUCAAUGAUUAUACACACUGGAAGUAACAUCAGACGGCUCACACAAUGGAUGGAAAUCUUACUUCUGAGUGGGAACAAUACUUGAUUUUACGACGCACACCAUACACAACAUAUCUCUUCAUCUGCCUCGUUAUCGGAAUUGGCGGGAAUGGGGUAGUGAUCCUGACUUACCUCGUCAAAAUGCGAGAUAAUUUGGAACAGCGAUUCUUCAUUCCACACUUGGCAGUGAUGGAUCUCCUUGCAUGCGCUUCGGCGGCGAUCUUAUGCCUGCUAUCUAACUUUUAUCCACUAAGGUUUCCAUCGGACUCCCUCUGCCGUUUCUUCUGGUACACAUCAUGGACAAGUUCUGCAAUAUCUACGCUGAUUUUAUUGUUAAUUGCCAUCCAAAGAUACCUUUCAGUUUGUAAGCCCCAUGGGCCACAAAUGAGCGGGAAAUGGCGUUACAUAGUCUAUGGUUUGACGGUUGUGACAUGCAUGCUUCUGGCGAUUCCUUUUGUUUAUUUAACAGGGAACAUCAAAAUAAGUCAAGUGUAUAAAGGAGAAAAUGUGACAGCGUACUACUGCUCGACUGGUGCGACUGAAGGUGGAUGGAGGGAGUUCGAAACGGUAUACUUCAUUUGCCUAUUUCUCAUUGGUGUUUCAAAUAUACUUGUGACCAUGGGAUUUUACGUUCCAAUAGGUUUAACAAUUUACCGUACAUUCAACAAACAACAUCAUCAGAAGUUGAAUAACCAUACUGGGGAAGAGAGCGUAGACGUUGACUCCUCGGUAGAUGGAAGACAAAUUAGCGAAGUAUUUUCCGGCGACAGUAGUAAAAGCAGAAAAUCAUCCCUUUGUAACUCAAAAUCUUUGUCUAUUGUCAGUAAGAAGUCAUUGAAAAAGAGGACAAAGGCAAAGAAUCGGUUUACGUUGAUGCUGAUGUUGAUUGCUCUCAUUUACGUCCUGUCCAAUGUUCCCACACUGGCCUUAAUAGUAAUCUGGAAAGACGAUCCGGAAUUCUGGUCUGUAGAAGAUGACGUCAAAUUGAAUUUAAUCAUCAUCCUCAGGAGAUUAUUUCUUGUGAAUAAUAUCGUGAAUCCGUUCUUGUAUGGAUAUUUUGAUCUGAAAUUUAGAUGUAAACUUGUAGAAUUAUUUAGUUGUAAAUCAUGUCGAUGACAUAUGCUUUAAUGUUGUGGCAAUACCUUAAUUAUCCUUUUUUAUUUGAAUAUUGUACAGCAAACAUUUUACUACUUCAAUUCACCAAAAUCUGCACUUGUUAUUAAAUAACUAACAAAGAAACAUUCUUUUUUUUAAAAAGGAUGUUUGUAAAUUCCCAAUAAUCUGGACUCAGACACUUUUCUUAAAGCAAACUUUUAGAAGAUGAUUUUUUAAACGAAAAGAAAACAAUCAUAGGGUAAGACUUUUGUUAGCUAGUUAAAGAGGCUAAGGGGUGGCAGCCAUUUUCAGACUAUUUCGAUCUCCUUUUUUAAAAAAAAGCUUCAGACAAAGAUAUACAAAAAAUGAUCAAAUUUUAAAACUAAAAUGUAUAAAUUUUUUCUUUGCCAAAUGAUAGUUGACAGCUAAAGAUACCGCAUCUAAAAAAUAAGUUAAAUCUGGUGGUUAAUUUGUGGUUAAUUUGUUGACGCCCCGCCUCCUUAAAUGUCCCUUCAGUGAUUUUUCGCUAAUAUUGAGAAUCCACCAUUUGCUAAUUGAGGACUUCAUUUAGACCUGUGCCCGGCACUUGAGACUUUCGAACAACGAGGGAUUUAUUUUUAUGCCAACCCCUCUUGUGGCACAGAACCUCGGAUUAUGCGAUCUCAUCCAGAGGAACAAUAUCCACGUCACACAGCGGUUUCGAACUCGCGACGUAAGAAUCAUUUCCUUACUCCUCCACUCUACAACAAACGCUCAAUCCACCACCGCGCAGGCGACUGAAGGAUUUCUUUAAGACUGUAAUGAGGAUGUGAAAGUAACAAGCUUACUUUAAAAAAUUCCAAAGGAAAUACAUAUGUUUUUUAAAAAUUUGGAAUCACCAUCUGUAGCACUGUAACGACAUCCUGUGUCACAAACUCGAGAUUUCUCUUAUCAAGCGCCUACAUUGUCACUCUUUUAAAGUAGCUUUGUAUUUAUAGCACGAGUUAGUUAUUGUAAUACUUUAUUUAUCAAAGUACUACAGGUUGUAUGUGAUAAACAAGAAUGACACAUAAUGAAAGCAAAACAAAAGAAAAUACAUAUUUAGCAUUUUAAAAUUCUAUCCACACAAUGGGACUCAAGACGGAUAUGUGAUUUUUUGCACGUUUGAAUUCUGGGAAGAAGAAAUAUAUCUGGGUAACUAUGCUGACCAUACGUAUACAAGAAGAAGGAAGUUUUUAAUUAUUUAAAAUUCUGAAAGAGAUGUGCAUAAUGAUUGAUACGAUAAUUGUUUUUAGAACGGAAAAUGAAGCUUACGACAAUAUACAGUGUACCAGCCUUUUUAAAGAUUCUUAAAUAAAUAGUUACAAUGGUUAUGUGUCAAAUAUUCUAUCAGUCUACUAUACCUUUUUUAAUUAUUUUGUAAUGGUAAAGAACAAAAUUGUCUUUCAUAAUAUCUAAUUAGCCCCUUAAUUGCAGAGUGUUAAAUAUUCACAUGUUUUUAAAUUAGUUUCUCUUUGGCAAAGUGCCAAAUAUUCUAUCAUAUGUUUUUUAAUUAGUCUCUCAAUGGCAAAGUGUCAAAUAUUCUGUUUAAUCUUAUGAUGAUGAAUGCAGUGUAGUGGUUUAAAGUGUUCCAAGUGCUUCCGAAUUAAUUCUAAAAACUUUUGGAAUCAGUUGAUCUCAAAAAUCUCAAAACUAAUUAAGAACAUUAUAGGUGUUUGUGGAAGUAUGGUUUUGCACACGAGGAAGAACUUAAGAUUUUCUGGAAGGAUACAUGUAUAUCUCCUUAAAUUAAUGGAAAAUCAAAGUACUGAGAUAAGAUUAUAUCUCUUUUUGAAUGUUUGGAAUUCAUUCCCAUAUUAUUUAUAAAUUUGAUAUUCUAUUUGACCUUAUUUUGAUACAUUUUUGUAAAAUUAUGCUUGUAUCUUGAUAUAUUGUCUGUAAUAAACUUUUGAAUAACAAUUACUAGUAAUAAGAUUUUUAGAUUUUAUUUUUUUUGUUAUGUUUUGAUUAAAAUUGAAUUGAUAACACAUGGUAUGUUGCAAGCAUCUUACUUAAAUGGACUUGUUUUAACCUUGACCACAACUAGAAAUUAGAUAGCCCAGCAAAAGUAACUGCUGGACUGUCGAUUCCUGUCUGUAUGUGUAGUAAUAAGUUUACCUAAUUAUAUUCGCUUUUUUGUUUUUUUUCUUUUAAAAAUCGAUUG